CAAUACCUUCUGCCUUGCACGCAGGUUCUGCACGUGCUCGCAGUACUGGCGUCGCUGACCGAAUGCGGCACCAUGCAAGCUCUGUUCAUCGGUCUGAAGCACUUCACGACGGCGACGCUGAGUGCUGCCGUAUUCUCCAUGGCCACACGAUUUCUUUCUCUGACGGCGGUUAAGGAGAGCCGCGGAAAGAUACAACGGAAUAAUUUUCUGACCGGCGAUCUGGUUUUCAGCAACGGUAUGAUCCUCUUGGCCGCUUGCCUCGCCUGUACUUACGAAGUGCGCGCCGGCAUCAUGGUUUUGCAGCAGGCGCGGCGAGAGGAGAACUUCGUGUGGUACCUGCAGCUGCUCACAGACACGGCGAGGGUGCAAGUGCUUGCAGGAUCAGUUGUACUGGCCAAUGCACUGGUUGUCCUAAUGGGGAUCGAUGCCAGAGACUCGUUUCACGCUCACUUGUACCGCAUCCGAGAGGAAGUGAUACAACACAACGCUCAGCAUCCGAACGAUCCGUACCCGGUUGUAUACAGACGCAGUACGUUACUCCAAAUCAAUGACAUCAUCCUGGUUGCCACACUUGGGCGACUGACCAUUAUCCUGGUUGCUGUUCUUGGACCAAUCAUCAACGUACUGUGCCUCGGUGUCCGUAAGGUGAAAGCUCUCCUGGGCCGUGCUCCUCCGGUAGCAAGCAGCGGCAUCUAAGAAGCGAAACUGAGCACCCAGAUUCAGAUCUGGCUGGGGAAUGCGAAAUUUCAGAAUAGUGUCUGAGCUAGAGUGGAAUUCGAGAAGAGUGAUAUCAUACUCCGCAAAAUCAUUUCCCAAAUUCUUCAACACAAGUCCAGCUGUCAACUCUUGUGCAAUCUCUAAAAUUUGUGCCGCCAGGCAGUUAUUCAUCUUGAGCCUGCAGCGCGGCCCUGGACUCAUUCGAUCAUCCAGCUGGACUAUUAGAAUGGGAUUUAAAUAAAGACCGGGUUUACA